AUGGAUACUAUCCAAUUUUAUAGAAUCCUAAAUGUGAAAAAUGUCAUUAUUUUUGUUCCACAUGUACUGGACCUACUUUUGAUGAUUGCUUAACUUGCAAUAAUAUUGUUAAUAUUGAGAAUGUGGGAUCAACAUGUAGAUGUCAAAUCGGUUUCUAUUAUUAAGAAUUCUUUAAAUCAUGCUCCUAGUGUCAUUAAUUAUGUUAAAUUUGUUAUAAAGCAACAAUUGAUGGUUGUUUAAGUUGUGAUAUUAAUUUAAAUAGAAUAUUAAAAGGAGUAAAAUGUGAAUGUAAACCUGGUUAUUAUGAAUUAGAUGGUGUUUGUACAAGUAAUAAAAAUAAUUAUCAUUAUAGAUUGCCCUUACAGAAGAUGUAUUCUUAAAGGCAUGUUAUUUAUUAUGUAUUAAUAAUUAAUAAUUAUGGCAUACAAAUACAUGUAUUUCUUGUGAUUCUGGAUUUGAUUUAAUAUUUGGAAAAUGUGAACCUAUUUGUGGAGAUUUACAAAUAAUUGGAUAUGAUUAAUGUGAAGAUAAUAAUAACAUAAUGGAUGAUUUAUGUUACAAUUGUUAAUUUCAAUGUCCAGCUCAUUGUAUAACUUGUAAUGAAUCAACUACUUUACCUUGUCCUGAUAUUUGUGGAGAUGGAAUGGUUACUGGAUAGAAGAAUGUGAAGAUGGAAACAAUAUUAAAUAUGAUGGAUGUUUUGAUUGCAAAUAUUAAUGCUAACCCUAAUGUACAAAAUGUAUUAAAGGAGAGUGUUUUGAAUGUUUAACUAGUGGAUGGCAAAUUGAUCUAACAGUUCAACCAUGGUAAUGUAAAGAGAAAUGUGGAGAUUUAUAAAUAGUAGGAUAAGAAUGAUGUGAUGAUGGAAAUUAAGAUGAUAAGGAUGGAUGUUAAAAUUGUAAAUAUUUCUGUAGAAUUGGAUGUUCAUCUUGUAAUUAUGACACAAACACUUGUUUAAAUUGUGAAUUACCUGGGUUUGUUCCAGAAAAGUAUUAUUGUAAAAAUAUCUGCGGAGAUAUGUUGGUUGUAACAGAUCCAUAUGGAUUUUAUUCGGAAGAAUGUGAUGAUGGGAAUAAAAUUAAUUAUGAUGGAUGUAGUAAGGAUUGUAAAUUUUAAUGUUAAAUUUCAACUAUUUGCAUUAGUUGUAUAAAUAAUAGAUGUUAAAUUUGUGCUACUGGAUAUUAUCUAUCUAAUUAAAGUAUAUGUAUACCAAUUUGUGGAGAUUUAUUGGUAGUAGUUGGUGAACAAUGCGAAGAUUCAUUAACAUUACCUUAUAAAGGUUGUUAAAAUUGCUAAGCAAAAUGUUAAACUUCAUGUACUAUUUGUGAUAAUUUUGGACUUGGAUGUAAGGUUUGUAGAUAAGGUUACAAUUUAAUUGAUGGUUAAUGUUAUUCAAAAUGUGGGGAUAAAAUAAUAACACAGGAUGAAGAAUGUGAUGAUGGAAAUUUAAUAUUUGGAGAUGGAUGUCAUUAAUAUUCAUUUACUUGUCCUAUAUCUUGUUCUAAUUGUCUUCGUGGUGUUUGUUAUGAUUGCUAUGAAGGUUAUUAAUACAUUAAGUAUUCAUGUAUAAAAUUUUUUAAUGAUUAUCAUGAUCCAAGAUGUGAUUAGUCAUGUUUGA